GCAACACCACCACCCCCCUCCCAACAAUCUACCACAUCCACGGCGGCGGCCUCACAACCGGCAACCGAUUCACAAACCUACUAACCUUCCCCCCUCCCCUUCCACACGAACCCCACCCACAAUCCUCGCCUCAAUCGAAUACCGCCUCGCACCCAUCCACCCGGACCCAAUUCCCCUAGAAGACACCUACGCCGGCUUUCUCUGGCUCUACACGCACGCCCCCACCCUCGGCAUCGACCGGGACAAAAUAACCGUCACGGGGGGUCUCCGCAGACGGAUGUCUCGCAGCAGGACUAGCUCUUCUUCUCCGGGACAUCAACCCAGGGCCACCACGGAUCUACGGCCUCAUGCUAUUCAGUCCGAUGCUGGAUGAUCGGAAUGACUGCGUCAGCGAGGGAGUUCGAGGGUGUGGGCGUGUGGGAUCGGAAUGAUAAUGAGAGGGCGUGGAGGGUGUUACUUGGGGAGGAGAGGAGUGGGAGUCAUGAGAAGGGGGUGGUGAGUGAGUAUUCGGCGCCUGGGAGGGCGGAGUGGCUUGGGGGUGAGGGGAUGCCUAAGGGGGUGUAUUUGGAUGUGGGGAGUACGGAUACGUUGAGGGAUGAGGGGGUGGAGUUUGCGAGGAGGUUGUUGAGGGACGGGGUGCAAUGUGAGGUGCAUGUUUGGCCUGGGGCGUUUCAUGGGUUUGAUUUGUUGUGUCCUGGGGCGGAGAUUUCGGGGGUGGCGGGGGUUGUUAGGGGGGAGUGGUUGAGGAGAUGGUGGUUU